CGCGUGCACUUGGCGCAAUCUCAAGCUUCGUUCUCUCUCUCUCUCCCUCUCCCUCUCCCUCUCCCUCUCUCUCUCUAGUUUCAAUCAAAAUCCAGUCUCUUCUCCAGCUUCUGAUAAACCCUAGAUUUUUCUGUUUGGGGAUUUCUUCUCUCUUUAGCUCCUACUUCAUGAAAUAAUACCCUUCACAAUUCAAUUGGUGGUCGGCUCUUUCGAUUGAGUUGAAAUCCUUUUUUACGCCAUGGACGACACCGAAGAUGAUGCCAGGUACCCACCAAAAGCUUACCCCCACAGUCGCGCAAAGAAGUCGCCUUUAUACUCCCACCGUCCGGUGGCCAGUUACUUCAACCGCCGCGAUUACGUGGAGGACGAGGAAGACGAUGCCGACGACGAUUUCGAAGGCGAGAACGGCGUCGACUCCGACGAAGACGACAUUGGCAGAGGAUACCCCAACGAUUUCGAGCAGAACGAGGAGUUCGGGAGGUACCCCAAGAGGCAGAAGCUCAAGAAGUUGGCCCAGAAUUACGAGUUUGUGGCGCGAGCCCCGAGGAUGAGCAACCACAACCACGGGGAAGCUGAUUUCGCAGGCGAAGGAUGGAGCGAACAGGAAAAGUUUGUUCUUUUAGAGGUUUGGGGGGAGAGGUUUCUGCAGUUGGGCAGGAACAGCUUGAGGUCCACGGACUGGACCGAGGUUGCUGCGAAAGUUUCCGAGGCGUUGAAAAUCCAGAGGAAUGAAGCUCAGUGCAGGCAGAUGAUGGAUUCGUUGAAGAGAAGGUACAGGAAGGAGAAGGGCAAAGGUGGGUUGAAUACGAAAUGGGCGUUUUAUAGAAAGAUGGAUAUGCUAAUGAGGCAAGAGAAUGGACAUGUAGGGAGCAGUAGUGGUGGGUUUAGUUUAUCUUGUGGUGUGGAUUCAGGACAGUAUGUUUUUAUGGAUACUGGAGUGUAUUUGGAACGUGCUAAUAUGAAUGAUGAGAUGAGGGAUAGUCCGUGUGAAUCCGACGAGGAAGAUGAAGAGGAAGAGGAAGAAGAAGAGGAUAAGGGGGAGCUUAGUGGUGAUAUGUUCAAGGGUUUGACUGUGUUGGCGGAUUCAGUUCAUAAGUUUGGUGAGAUAUAUGAGAAGAUAGAGAGCAGUAAGAGGGAUCAGAUGUUGGAAUUGGAAAGAAUGCGGGUUGAUUUCCAGAGGGAAUUGGAGUUGCAGAAGGAGCAAAUUUUGGAGAGGGCUCAGAGCGAAAUUGCUAAAAUCAGAGAAGGAGAGGAAGAGGAGGAGGAAGACGAUGCGGAGGAUGAUACUGGUUCGGAUUCUGAUGCUGGUGGUGGUGGUGGUGGUGAUAAUGAAGAUGGGGCAGGGACGGAAGGAGACACUGGCAGUGGUGACAAUGAUUCGGGUGUGAACGUCAGCGAAUAAGGUACUCCAAGUGUGUUUAACCUUCUGAAUCUGGACCCGAUAGAGAUGCAGCUGAGGCCUGAAACGGUGGUGUUCCGAAGAAAAAACAGGCUCUGGUUCGCUGCAACGCGGUGUACCUCAAUCCUCAGAAGCAAAAACAGUUAGGGGGUUCGUUCCAUGUAUUGCAAUCACAGGAAUGGAGAUAGCUUGGCUUUCCAGAGUCUUGAUUGCAUGGGAAGUUCUGCAAUGGCCAUAGUUCAAAUAGCUAAAGAUUUAACUCUUCUGCUGCUGUUCUUCUUAUCAUUUUUUUGCACUUCUCAUGAGCCUUGUUUCAAUGUUCUUUGUUGUGCAUGUAUGAUGUAACCAAUUACUAAUUAUUCGCCGCCUUCGAGAAUUCCACAUGGAAUCAUGAUCCUAGACCUUCAGAACAAAAAAGGACUGGAACUGCUGCAGUAAAAGAAUCAGGAUUCAUUAUCGUUAUA